UGUCAAUAAGGAGAUAAUCCAAGCGGCCUCAUCGCAGAAGUCAAUGACCUCGACAUGCAAAAUGAUCACAGCAAAUGAGCUCAACAUUCUAUGAGCGCCUCAAGAAUGGUUUUUUCAUCCGUUUUGGCACACAAACACCAACACACCACACCACAACAAUUCAAUGCACCUGGGUCACCAGAGUCUGGCACCAAGACUAGGUACACAGCACGGUAAGUUUUAAAUUGGUUCCCAUGCCUACAGGGCCUUAUGGUGCAUUGUUUGUGCAUCUUGGGGUGGGUCAGUGCGGUAGAACUGGUAACGGUGUAGAACGCAUUAAGGACGGAACGUGCGCUGCAACCUUUACACCUCGGGCGUGGGCUUGCUUUACGAUCGCUUGUGCCUCAUCGUUAUUGAAAUUAAUCAGUGGAGCAGAACCUAUGAGGAGAAACUUGGGAAAAAAGCAUAGUCUGAACUCGUUGCGGCGGUAGUUCAACGUAAAUGUCGACCGUUUUGACAAGUACUCACUUUAAUCCAGUCCGCUCCCGCCGCCUGAUUGGCAGUGAGUGCUUUAAUACAACCAUCAACUCCAUCAGCCACCUCAGCGCCCGUAAUACCAUCAAUGCCCUCAACGUCGGGACGCAAGGUCCCCUUGGUCUGACUAUUUUCAAGACCCUUGGCGGGUCCCACUGGAGAGCAAUAACGGCGUUUAAAAAGGUGCUUGAAGCCAAAGAACGUCGGGCCCCAGAGACAAAGAAAUCCUAAUCGAGAUUAAGCGGAUUUUCUCACGGAAAUGACUCCCUGCAAAUGGUGAGCAUGACGCGGCUUGGUGCAGAUCCAAUGGGGUGUAUACGUUCUAUAUCAUGGGAAGGCCAGAAGGGCGAUAGAAGACCAACUGAGCUGCUAGAUCGUCUGACG